UGUACGCGCUUGGUUGUGGCUGUGACGUCACGGUAGGCGGGGCCAGUACCUCCAGUCCAGGGGAGCGAGCCUCUGAGUCUGUGAGAGUGAGGGGGAGAGAGAGAGAGAGAGAGAGGGCUGGAGGGACUCCGGGUGCUCCUCAGAGAAAGCAAUCUGACUGCAUGGUGAUCUCUGGCUCUCUGAGUUCUCCAACGCCAUGAAAGGCCAGGAAGACUCAGCGCUCCAAUGGAAAUGGCUGGUUUUGUAGAAACGCUGCCCUUCGACCCGCUGCCACCUGACUCCAGCUGCCUCUGAUGGCCUUGUCGCCUUUUUUAUGGGCGCUACCUCUGUGUGCACGCUCGUGAGGAUUUAAACCUUUCCAGGACACUUAUUUUUAUAUAUCUUUUUUUUUACCCCUUCUGUUACCUCAAAGCUUUGCAUUAACGUGGAGAGCUAGCGGGGACAAUGGCAAACAACUCUUACAGCGGGGUGAAGAACUCCGUAGUGGAGGCCAACCAUGAUGGAGAGUUUGGCUGCACGCUCAAAGAACUGCGCGCCCUCAUGGAACUGCGAGGCACUGAGGGGAUAAACAAAAUUGGGGAAUCAUACGGGGACGUUCAAGGAUUCUGCAACCGGCUAAAAACCUCACCUACAGAUGGUCUAAGUGGGCAGCCAGCAGACAUCGAGAAGCGGAAAACGGUGUUUGGGCAAAAUUUAAUACCGCCCAAAAAGCCUAAAACGUUCUUGCAAUUAGUGUGGGAGGCGCUCCAGGAUGUCACGCUGAUUAUCCUAGAAGUGGCAGCCGUAGUUUCACUUGGCCUUUCUUUUUAUAGACCUCAAGAUGCCGAAAGAGAAGACUGUGGGAAGGCUGCCGGUGGCGUGGAGGAUGAAACCGAGUCAGAUGCAGGCUGGAUCGAGGGCGUCGCCAUCCUGCUCUCGGUCAUCUGCGUGGUGCUGGUGACGGCGUUCAACGACUGGAGUAAAGAGAAGCAGUUCCGUGGCCUUCAGAGCCGCAUCGAGCAGGAGCAGAAGUUCACGGUCGUGCGCGGGGGGCAAGUCAUCCAAAUUCCCGUGGCAGAGAUAGUAGUGGGUGACGUUGCUCAAGUAAAAUAUGGUGACCUUUUGCCCGCCGAUGGCGUCCUCAUCCAAGGCAACGAUUUGAAGGUUGAUGAGAGCUCGCUCACAGGAGAGUCGGACCAUGUCAAGAAAACGCAACAAAAAGAUUUAAUGCUUUUAUCAGGCACCCACGUGAUGGAAGGCUCGGGGAAAAUGGUGGUCACAGCGGUGGGCGUCAACUCCCAAACUGGAAUUAUUUUCACGUUACUCGGGAGUGCCGAGGACGACGAGGAGGAUGAGGAGGAAAAGAAGAAGGAAAAGGGGGAGAAGAAGAAACAAAGAAAAAACAAGAAGCAGGAUGGGUCCAUUGAAAAUCGCAAGAAAGCUAAAGCACAGGAUGGCGCUGCCAUGGAAAUGCAGCCUCUGAACAGCGACGAGGGAGCAGAUGCAGAGGAGAAGAAGAAAGCCAACCUGCCAAAGAAGGAGAAAUCUGUUCUCCAGGGAAAGCUGACCAAACUUGCUGUACAGAUCGGCAAAGCAGGGUUGGUGAUGUCAGCCAUAACCGUCAUCAUUCUGGUGGUGCUCUUUGUGGUGGACACCUUUUGGAUCCAGAACCUGCCCUGGGUCAAGGCCUGCACGCCCAUCUACAUUCAGUUCUUUGUGAAAUUCUUCAUCAUCGGCGUCACCGUGCUGGUGGUGGCUGUUCCCGAGGGGCUCCCACUCGCUGUGACCAUUUCCCUGGCGUACUCUGUUAAGAAAAUGAUGAAAGACAACAACCUGGUGCGUCAUUUGGACGCCUGCGAGACCAUGGGCAACGCCACAGCCAUCUGCUCUGAUAAGACUGGAACUCUCACCAUGAAUCGCAUGACUGUGGUGCAGGCCUACUUGGCCGGCAAACACUUCAAGAAAGUCCCAGAACCGGAAAACAUCCCUGCAUCCAUUUUAGACUUCCUAAUCUUGGGGAUAGCCGUCAACUGCGCCUACACUACUAAGAUCAUGCCUCCAGAGAAAGAAGGAGGCCUGCCUCGACAAGUGGGUAACAAGACCGAAUGUGCCUUACUUGGUUUUUCCACCGACCUCAAGCGCGACUACCAGACCAUUCGAAACGAGAUCCCAGAGGAGAAACUGUACAAGGUCUACACCUUCAAUUCCGUCCGCAAGUCAAUGAGCACUGUGCUGAAGAUGGCUGACGGUGGCUACCGCAUGUUCAGCAAGGGCGCUUCGGAAAUCCUCCUUAAAAAGUGCUAUAAAAUCCUCACAGCGAACGGCGAGUCAAAGGUGUUUCGCCCUCGAGAUCGAGACGACAUGGUGAAGAAAGUGAUUGAGCCCAUGGCCUCCGAAGGCCUGAGGACCAUCUGCCUCGCAUACAGAGAUUUUACCGCCUCAGACGGCGAGCCAGACUGGGACAACGAAAACGACAUCCUCACUGGGCUCACUUGCCUCUGCGUGGUGGGCAUCGAAGACCCCGUGAGGCCAGAGGUUCCGGACGCCAUCAGGAAAUGCCAACGUGCAGGCAUCACUGUGCGUAUGGUGACUGGAGACAACAUCAACACGGCUCGUGCCAUCGCCACCAAGUGCGGCAUCCUGCAGCCGGCAGACGACUUCAUUUGCUUGGAGGGCAAAGAGUUCAACCGACGGAUACGCAACGCAAAAGGAGAGAUCGAACAAGAACGCAUUGACAAGAUCUGGCCAAAACUGCGAGUUCUGGCUCGGUCUUCCCCCACUGACAAGCACACUCUAGUCAAAGGUAUUAUUGACAGCACCGUUAUUGAACAGAGACAAGUUGUCGCCGUGACAGGGGACGGCACCAACGACGGUCCCGCGUUGAAGAAAGCCGACGUGGGCUUUGCAAUGGGUAUCGCCGGCACAGAUGUGGCUAAGGAGGCGUCCGACAUCAUUUUGACAGACGACAACUUCUCCAGCAUAGUCAAGGCCGUCAUGUGGGGACGCAACGUGUAUGACAGCAUUUCCAAAUUCCUGCAGUUUCAGCUCACCGUCAACGUGGUGGCCGUCAUUGUAGCCUUCACUGGCGCUUGCAUCACGCAGGACUCUCCGCUGAAAGCGGUCCAGAUGUUGUGGGUCAACCUGAUUAUGGACACUUUCGCCUCGCUUGCCCUGGCCACGGAGCCGCCCACAGAAGCACUGCUGCUCAGGAAGCCGUAUGGCCGCAACAAGCCCCUCAUCUCUCGCACCAUGAUGAAGAACAUUUUGGGCCAGGGCGUCUACCAGCUGGUUAUUAUCUUCACACUGCUCUUUGCCGGGGAGAAGAUUUUUGACAUCGACAGCGGCAGGAACACCCCCCUGCGAGCCCCGCCCUCCGAGCACUACACCAUCGUCUUCAACACCUUCGUCCUGAUGCAGCUUUUCAACGAGAUCAACGCCCGCAAGAUCCACGGCGAAAGGAACGUCUUCGACGGCAUCUUCAACAACCUCAUUUUCUGCACCAUUGUCUUCGGUACCUUCAUCAUCCAGAUCGUCAUCGUACAGUUUGGAGGCAAGCCGUUCAGUUGCGUGGCUCUCAACAUCGACCAGUGGCUCUGGUGCACCUUCUUGGGCUUUGGCUCGCUGCUGUGGGGGCAGGUCAUCUCCUCCAUACCAACCAGCCGCCUUAAGUUCCUGAAAACAGCAGGCCACGGCACCCAGAAGGAGGAGAUCCCCGACGAGGAGCUGGAGGAGCUCGACGACAUGGAAGAGAUCGACCACGCAGAGCGGGAGCUUCGCCGUGGCCAAAUCCUCUGGUUCCGUGGCCUCAACCGAAUCCAGACUCAGAUGGAUGUAGUGAGUGCGUUCCAGAGCGGAACUUCCUUUCAGGGGGCUCUGAGGCGGCAGGCCUCCAACUCCAGCCAACAACAGCACGAUAUCCGGGUGGUGAAUGCAUUCCGCAGCUCCAUCUCCCUCUAUGAGGGCCUGGAGAAACCUGAAUCGCGGACCUCUAUUCACAACUUUAUGACUCACCCGGAAUUUCGGAUAGAAGACUCGGAGCCCCAUAUCCCCCUCAUAGACGACACGGAUGCCGAGGAUGACGCACCCACCAAGCGCAACUCGGCCAGCCCCCGCAACACCACGCCCACCCCGCCCUCACCAACCACCGUCCCCGCAGUCGCCGUGGCGCCGCUCUCGCCCUCCCCAAACCAGAACAAUAACGCUGUGGAGAGCAGCAACCACCUCCUCCCUGAGGCCACCAAAGCGAGCAGCGCCUCCAUGCCGGCCAGUCCCCUACACAGCCUGGAGACCUCCCUCUGAUCGGAAAAGCACGACCGCCUCCCCUGCAAGGUACCUUACCACUUUUCUACUCGGAGGACAGCGAGCUGGAGGGGGCUGUGGUCGGACUAACUUUGGGAGGAUUGUACCGGCUUGUGUGGAUGCUUUGCUUUCUCCUUUUCGGUUCUUCUUAAAACCGCCUCCGCGCCAGGACUCCACCCCUUUGCCCCCAAACCCCCUGCCACCCCCUUGGCUUUGGUUUGUCUGGCUCAAUGAGGUGUGAUUAUAAACUCUUGAUUGAAAGUGACCUGUUUUUUUUCUUCUUAUUCUUCUGAAUAUAAUAAUUUGCAUUGCAAAGAAGAGGAGGCGGUCCUCCUGGCUUGAACAUGUCAGAAUCUUCUAGCUUCUCUUUAAUCUCAAUUGUGUUGUAUAUUUAGCUCUUUGGCCCUCGUUCACACAAAACUAAUUUCUGCUCCAUUUGGCUGUUAAUAUUUUUGACUUAUUUAUGUUUUAUGGAGGGAAAAAAAGCAGGUCUGUUUACAAAGUUUGUAGAUACUUUUUUUCUGUUUGUAGGCAAAAGAGCUUCCUGAUGUAUGAUGCAGAAUUUAAAAAAUGAAUGAGAUGAUUAUUUCAGAUACUGCUGUAUUUUCAGGAAAAAAAGGGUGUUUCUAUUGAAACUUAAGUAUUUUUGCCUGCAAGUUUUAUUUGUUAUAUAUAUAUAUAUAUAUAUUUGUAGAUAAAUAUAGAAACUUCUAGCCAAACCAAUUAACACUAAGUCUUGUAUAGAGAGGAGGUCCACCGGUCGAUGUGCGUUUAGGGCCUCAACAUCGCUAUGAAUAUUUACUCUAGUUUCCAUGUGCACAAAACCUUCCGGGGUAAAAAAAAACGUCUUCUUUUUUCACUCAUUCAUCUUGUGUUCAAAGACUUCCACAUGUUGAAAGUGUCUCAAAAAAGGGAAUCCGGGCUGUGGGGGCUAGUAUUUAGCAAGCAUCACCUCUUCCACAACUGGACAAAAAGGGAAAGUUUCUGCACAUUCUGGCUCGUUUCGAUGUCAUUUUUGCACACAAGUGGCUAAGUUAUUUAUUCAACCAGACAAAACGUGAAUGUGCCUUGGCUUUAGUUAACGUUCAAGCUUGGGUCCAGUCGCUUCAUUUCCUGAUUAAACCCUGCAGAUGCUUGCUAAAUAUAAACCCCUGCUCAGUUGUACAUAUUUGAAUUGGUGUUUCUCAGCCCAGUGGAGAACAUUUGAUCAUUUAAAGUGUAUUCCAUGUUACAUCUACUCCUCCACAAACACACACACACACACACGCAUAGGGAGUUGGAACCUCCUCACAUGUUUUUGGACACCUGAUGUACUGGAAACAAACAAAACAAAUUGGAUGUGCUUUUAUUUAUUUUUUUGGAAUAAAGACGAGGCAUACACUGGUA